UGAUACGUUGCCAUAGAUCGCUCAGUCGAAUUUAUGCGCGCGCGCAGAUCGUACAAAUCCUACCGUAGUCGUGUUUGUGGUACUUAAUCGUAAUUUGUGGAUUUUUUCAAACUAUUUUUUUAUGAUUGGAAGUGAUUUUAUGUGAUCGUUUUAAUAGAAGCCUGAAAGAUGGUUGUGGGCACUUUACAGCACGUCCCUAGUAAGGGACGGAUAUCCAUUAUGAAAAUACAGAACUUUACAGUACAGAAAAGACAUUCCGUGAUAAAGCUCUCUUAUGGGAUCCUAUUGAUGAUCAUCGGAGUGGUCAUGGCUGCCAUAAAUCCUAUUAGCAUCAUCAGUAAUUGGUACAUGGACAUGCGGGAAGGUUCGUUUCUAUACAAAAUGUGGGAGAACCCCACGUACGAGAUGUUUUCCGAGAUGUGGGUGUACAACUAUACAAACGUGCAGGAGUACCUCAGUGGGGAACAGAAGAUCCUGAAAGUGCAAGAAGUCGGGCCGUUUAUGUUUCAAGAACAUCGAACGAACGAGAACAUUCGAAUAGACAAGGAGCGAGGCGUGAUGACGAUGAACCCCAAGCUGGAGCUGAAGUUCCUCGCCGACCAGUCGAUCAAUGACCUUAGCAAUGUUACUGUGAAGAUACCUAAUAUACCGCUUAUUGCUAUGAGCACUCUAGCAGCGGAUAAACUAGGCUACUUCGCAAACGCUGGUGCCUACUACUCCAUGUCAGCUCUUGGCUCCAAACUCUUCAAGGACCUGACCGUCCAGGAGAUGUUCUGGGGGUACAACGAUCCUAUCGUGACGAUUGCCAACUCUUUGCUGCCGGGGUGGAUCGAUUUCAAGAAGAUUGGACUGCUUGAUCGGUUUUAUGCGCAAAAACUGGAGUGGUCUGAAGUGGAGCUUGGUAACGUCAGUCGGAGGUACUCCUUGAAUGCUUGGGAUAACAGCAGUGGGCUGCUGGAGCAAGGAUUCACGGACUUGGAUUCUAGUACUCCCUGCAACAGGAUCCAAGGAUCAUAUGAAGGUCUGAUGUUGCCAUCUAACUAUGCUAAGGGUCGUAAUAUCACCAUCUUCAGGAAGCAGGCCUGCAGAAACUAUCCAUUCAGCUUCGUUAGCGAACACGAGAGUGAAUUGGGACUUGAUUCUUAUUUGUAUACGAUGGACAAUACAGCCUUCAGUAACGACUCUCCGUUUGCCUGCAACUGCUCCGGCGAGUGUCCCCCUGAAGGAUUUGUUGAUGUCAGCAAUUGUUACUAUGGUUUCCCAAUUUACCUGUCAAAGCCUCAUAUGAUGGACACGGAUCCAGUACAGCAGGCAUACUACGAGGGUAUGAAGCCAGACCGCAAGAAACAUACCUCACAUUUUGAGUUGGAACCUGUACUUGGAGCGCCUCUAAGCUUCUCCAUAAAGAUUCAGAUCAAUCUUGCAGUAAGAGUGUCUCAAGGAAAUCCCAUCACGGCUCCAGUCAAGGACAAAGUCUUGCCUCUCAUGUGGUUUUCACUGUACUGCAAAGAACCACCACCAGACGUAGUAACCCUGCUCCGACUUCGUCUCGUCAUCGGUCCACCACUAGUCAUCACUUUGGAAGUCAUCCUGUUCCUCAUAGGCCUCGUACUAGGAGUCCAGGGGGCCCACAGGAUCUGGAAACCCAAGUACAAGAUCAUACCUCCCAAGGAGAUCCCCAUUCCUAUCAUAAGGAGGAAGAGUUCUGAAAGGAGAAGGAGCAGUGUGAUUCUAAAUAUGGCGGACAAUGUUGGGUUUACUUGUAAAGAUGAUGAAGAUUUGGCUAAAGAAGCAGUCUCGCUCCUAGCUAUCAACGAAGAUGAUAACGAAUUCGUAGAUCUACUGGUCAGUUCCGACAAUGAAUGAGGAGAUUAGUAUAGAUAGAAAUAUUUGCUCAAUUUUUAUACAUUCCAACUGUGACUUUUGUAAAGUUUCUUGCCUUUAUUCUGAAGGUACGAAAAGUUUUGAACUUGAGUUCCAUUCCGAAGUCUUUUAGGAUAUCUUUAGAAUAAUAAUUUAUAUGUAUUUAAUCGCAUUUUUAGUGCAACCUGUUUUUUUAUACUGGCUCAAAUUUUAGGUAUAAUAGAUGAAGCAGGUUACUGUCGGUUAAAUAAUAAUCAACUAUUCCUAUAUUUCCACCUAUAUUAACACGAGUUAUUGUGCGAAAUGCCUACAUUUUGCUAGCGGUUAAGUUAGUAAAUGUUACGGGUACAAGCUAUGUAUGUUUGACUGGGCGUUGUCGGUAUUAAUGGCUAUGUGACGAAUGGUUUUUGACAACGACCGGGCAAUGUGAGUUUAUUUAUGUUUUGCCAUUAUUGUUUUAAGUAGUUUAAUUUUCGCUGGCGGCUCAUCUGCUAGGAUGCGUCCUAGGUGGGCCAAUUGCGAACACAAAGCGAUCUGACGGAUCUGGGCUGCGCAGUGUCACUUAAAAGAAAGCGUCACUUGGAGUUCGUAUCCAAAUCGCUCACGUAGGACGCACCCUAACGGUAGAUAUUAUAAAUAAAUUGCUCAAUAUUAAUUAGUAGAAGUUAGAAAGGUGUAAGGUUAUCUUAUUCAGACGUGUGGAAUGUCUGUUUUUGCCUCAAUUAAUGUUAUUUUAUUCCUUGUUUUGCCUAUUGAGCUGUAAUCAUGUAUAGACUGUCUAGUGACGUGUUUUUAUAUUUUGACGGACCACUCUUGAAAUAGGGUUUAUUGAACGCUUAUCGUUUUUCUAUGGAAUCUUUUGUAAUGAAUGUUAUAAAAUACUAGCUUCCCGCGGUUCCAUUCGCUCUCCUUUCCAAGAUGGGGUUGAAAAAACCUAUGUCCGUCUCGUGGAUCUAAGCUACCUCCCUUAUAAUUUUCAACAAAAUCGGUUCAGCCGUUCUUGAGUUAUAAUUAUGAAACACUAAAAUCUCUAUUGUACAUGACAUUGAAGAUUAUGUAUGAAAUAAUAUUACAGAAAAACCAGUCUUCAUGAUCCCAGUAUUAAACUUUCAUUAAUCAGCCUUUUAAUUCAUGACAAAAUGUAUUUUAUAAAACAGUUAGUGGGAUUAAUGUAGUUAUUUUUAGCAAUUGUGAUAUUAAUUUUAGUUUUAGUUUUAAGUCAAUUGUAAAUAAACUGUAAAUAUUUAAUUUAAUAGACUGAUGGUGAAAUGUUUUUUGAUAAUU